AUGUCAUGCGGACGCAUCCCUGACAUGGAUCCACACCCCCAACAGCUUCACCAGAUUCAACAUCUCAAUCACCACCUUAGCAUUCAACCUACUCAUAAAUCUCACUCCCGCUCUAGCAGCCACUCUAGUAUUCGUGCUACUUCGCAGGACAUCGAGGAUCUCCUCCUUGACGCUGCCACUGACGAAAGGAGCGUCUUAAAUGCUCGUGAUCAACAGCCACAGUCUCCUCGUGCCGUCUUGGCUGCCCACCAGUCAAGAAAUAUUCCCGUAGGUCCAUUAGAUCAGCCUGGCGAGCUCAGGACCUAUCAAACCCAUAUUUUUGCCCCUCCCGUUACCGGCGCCCCCCAAAAGAAGGGCAAACCAGGGUCAAGUGCAAAUAUCACGCCAGCUCACAAUGGCUCCCCACUAACACCUCCUAACGCCAUUGUCACUCCCAUCGCACCAGUACCUCCGCCUCCUGUUCCCCCCACAACAUCGUUCCCCCCCACUAACUCUAUCGGGCGCUACAAAGACAACAAAUGCGUCGAAAAAUGGGGGCCUGGGCCAGAAGGGCCAAGUACUGUGUGCGACCGUUGCAGACAAAAAAUGAAGCGGGUAGAACGGCGGGGAACGACCGAUGCAAAUGUGGCUGGCAGUAGCAACGCUAGUGCAGCUCGAUUGCACCGUACAGAUACCAUUCCUGUUGGUACGAUUACUGGGACGCAAAGACAGGCGCAGACACAGUCGCAAGUUUUUCCAAGCUCAGCGUCUUUCGUGCCGCCUGUGCUUUUACAGGACAAGAAACGCAGUGGUGGGUCUGCAAAGGACCGCGAGAGAGAUCGGAACCGCGACCCUCCCUCCCCGCCUGCGAUCGCUACUCUCCAGACCACAGACGAGGAAGACCCUGGACGAAGACGACGGGGUGCGGUGUCCUCUGCGCAACAUCUUCCUUCUCCCCACUCCGACCCCAACACAGAUCCAGACGCAGACGGCGAAGGUGAUGCGGAUGUGGAUGCAGAGUUGAGAGAAGCAGCUGAUGCUGCAGCUGACCACCGCAGUGCGUCUUCGACUGGCAUGAAGGAGGAAGACAUGGAAGUUGGGGAGUAA